AUGUGUGCUUAUGUAAUUACAUUUCCUAUUUGGAAAGGAUAAUAAUGGUCAGCCUUCCGUGGUCAUGUCAGAUUAUCUAAUGAGUAAGUAUUGAUUGCAAGAUUCAAUGAUACAGCCUAUAUAGAGCAAGAAUUGAGAUUUUUAGAAUAGCAUCAGAGAGUGAAAUCUAAAAUUGAAGGGAAAUACAUUAAACCUGUGUACAACUUACUUCCAAUGAUAGUUCAGAUAAUAAGAACACCUACAUUUACAGAUGUGUUAUUUGAUAAUUGCGUAGAUUGGUAAUUAACAGGUGGAAACUUACAACAUCUACUUAGAAUAUAUUUUGCUUAUGAUAUAUAUAAAGGGUAAUCACCAAGAGAUUGUACAAUUGAGAAUAUUAUGCGUAAUGGUGAUUCAAUAGUUGUAUUAGAUUUUGGAUUAAGAAAGAGGACUGAAAAUUAUUGUGCUUAUUGGAAUCCUAUGAUUCUGAAAGGCAAACAAUGUUUAUCAUAAUAUUAAUGGUCUUUGGGUAUUAUGUAUUUAGUAAUGACUAAUGGAUCAUUUAUAAUAAAUGAGAUUAACAAACGCAUUUAAAUAUGGGUCAAUGGUGGAAAAUUAGAUCUAGUUUCAUUAGUAACUACUAAAAAACAAUCUAUCAUCUCUUUAUUAUAAUAACUUCUAAACCCUGAAAAUCCAAUCCCUUGGGAAUAAAUACCUCAUCAUUCAGCUUUCAGAGAUGAUCCUAAAUGCAAGACUAUACUAAAAUUGUAUGAAAUAAGAUCAAUGUCAGAUCUGAAAAUUAGAUCUGCCUCUCGACUAAGUAGUAAAUAAUCAGGUAGAAAAACUCAAAGAACUUCAAUAGUAUUACAUGAAAGUACAUCAAAUAGUAAUCAAUCUACUUCAAAUUAAUCUCUAAUUAGUAAAAUUUCAUCUUUGUAUAAAAAUAAAUUUAUUGAAGAACAUAAACAAAGAUGUAAUUCUUCGGUCAAAACAACUAAACAAAUUAACAAUUUCUUUUCAACUAAUAAAAUGAAACUUAAAUUUGCUACUAAAUAAUCAGAUCAUACUGUAUAAUUAAGUUGUGAUCUUAGAAGUCUUAGAACUGGAUCUAAUCUAUCAAAUAUUGGUCUUACAUAAAGAAUUGAUGAAUCUGAUGAUAAAAAAUUUAAUAGAAGACUUUCAUAAUAAGAAAUAGAAAAUGAUAAAAUUAGAUCAAGAGUUAGUUCUAUUAGAAUGGCUAUCAAAGAAUAUAAAGCUAGAAGUUUAAGGCAUCUAUCAUAAGAUUCUAAUGCAGUCAUUUAAAAUUCAGUUGAAUUAGCUCAACCAGAUAAUUAUAUUUAAUUAAUUAAAAGACCUUAAGUUGAAAUUGAAAUUCUUACAUAAAAAUAUUUAAGAUCUUUAGAAUGUAUUAACAUAAUUGGUUAAACUGUAGCAAAAGCAAUUGAAUUUUUAGAUGCAUUAUAAAACUUUUGGAUUAUUCCACUAUUUCUAGUUUUCAAAAGAAUGCUUUAAUUGAGAUUAGAAGUUGAAAAAUUUCUUGAAGCUCAAAUCAAUUCAUUCAAUAUAGAUUAAUGGAAAGAAGUAUGUAAUUCAAGAGAAUAUCUUUAAUUCUUGAGUCGUAUCAAAUCUGAUAAUUGUUUAGUCAAAAAUGAAAUGAUUCUUCUUAUGCAAGCUUCGUAAACAAAAGCUGAUCAACUUGAUAAAAAUAAAAGAGAAAAAGUUUUAUGGUUUCUAAAUGAUAAUUUAGAUACUAACAUUUAACCAAUAUGUUUAUCUUAUAUGAAAGAUUAAUUACUUGUUGCUGUUAUAGAUAAAAGAGGAUUACUAAGAGAACCUAUUGAAUGGUUAAAACUUUAGCUCUCUUUAAAAGCCUCAAUCAUAAUAACUCAAUUACCUGUAUUAGUUUGUGAAAGUAACGAAUUUAGUUAUGAAAAUUACUUAGAAUGUCAAGAUUCAUAAAAUUAUACUCAAAUUUUAAAAUAUUGUGAGGAACUAUAAAUCAAUAUUUGA